GUGAUCAAGCGUCUAUUUUUAGCUCACUACCUUGACACUUCAAAGUGAGAUGUAAAAGCUUGCAGUCAUCAACCAAAUUUCACAGAAACCACCAAUAUGGCGAACAUUGAUCCAGCAUUUAAACAGGUGAGCCGUAAUCGGGCCUGUUUUAAUGUAUGGAGAAUAGAGAAAAUGCAGGUUGUACCUGUUCCAAGAGAGUUUCAUGGUAAAUUUUUCCGAGGAGAUUCCUACAUAAUAUUGUCAAUUAAAGAAGUUAAAGGAGCUUUAGAGAGUCAUAUUCACUUCUGGUUAGGGUCAGAAACUUCUCAGGAUGAAGCUGGUGUAGCUGCGUAUAAAAGUGUAGAAUUAGAUGAUUAUUUAGGUGGUUCCCCAGUACAACAUAGAGAAGUAGAGGGUGCUGAAUCACGGAGAUUUAUUAGUUAUUUUAGUAAAGGUUUUGUUGUUGUAGCUGGUGGAGUUAAAUCUGGUUUUAAUCAUGUAGAGGAAGUCUUUAAACCGAAACUAUUACGAGUGAAAGGAAAAACAAUACCUAUUGUUUCAGAGGUUGAGAUCGGAUGGGAAGGUAUGAAUGAAGGUGAUAGUUUUAUAUUAGAUCUGGGACAGACAUUAUUUGCAUGGAUGGGAGGUAAAUGCAGAAGAUCCGAGAGAUUGAAGGCUAUGGAAUAUAGUCGUAGUUUAAGAGAUACCAGAAAGAAAGCUAAUAUCAUAGUUAUAGAAGAUGGAGAGGAAGAAAAAUUAACUGGUAAAUCUAAAGAGUUAUUUGAAUCUCAUCUGCCAAUCCCAGACAAACGUGGAAAGCUAAAAAGUGUGGAAGAAGUCGGAACUGAUGAUGUUGCUGAACGCAAUGCUGGAGCUCAGAUAAAACUCUUCUCUUGUCAUGAAGAAGGAGGUACUCUUAAACUUUCUGAAAUAAAAACUGGACCAUUAUCACAUAAAGAUCUUCACAAUGACGAUUCAUUUAUUGUUGAUAAUGGUCAUGCUGGUAUCUGGGUGUGGAUUGGUAAAAAAGCCUCAUCUAAAGAAAAGAAAGAAGCCAUGAGAAAUGCCUUAGGUUUUGUAACAAAGAAAGAAUAUCCAUCUAAAACACCAGUUACAAGAGUUGUAGAAAAUGGAGAACCUGUAGAAUUUAAAUGUUUAUUCCGAGAUUGGCCUCAACCACCACCACCAGGAAAAGUUUACUCCAACAAUAGAAUAGCUAAAACUGUACAGACUAAAUUUGAUGCUGCUACAUUACACAGUAAACCUGCUCUAGCAGCAGAAACACAGAUGGUUGAUGACGGUACUGGUGAAGUAGAGGUAUGGAGAGUAAAUGAUUUUGAGUUAGUUGAAGUAGAAAAGGGUCAUUAUGGUGAAUUUUUUGGUGGAGAUUGUUACGUUAUUAAAUAUACCUAUCAAGUUAAUAAUCGUCCACAUUAUAUUAUCUACUAUUGGUUGGGAGCUAAAUCAAGUGCUGAUGAACAAGGUACAGCUGCUUUAAAAGCUGUAGAAAAAGAUGAUGAAUUAGGAGGUGCUGCUGUUCAGGUUCGAGUUGUACAGAAUAAAGAACCACCACAUUUUAUGGCCAUGUUUGAUGGUAAAAUGAUUGUCUUCUCUGGAGGUAAAGGUGGUUGGAACGGUGGUCAGAGUAAUGAUGGACCAGGUGAUAAAUAUAUGUUACAAGUCAGAGGUACAUCUAAACUCAACUCUAAAGCUGUACAGGUUGAGUUACGAGCUGCUUCCCUUAACUCCAAUGAUGUGUUUGUUAUAUUUACUAAACAAGCUGUAUAUACCUGGGCUGGAAAGGGUUGUACUGGUGAUGAAAGGGAAAUGGCUAAAUUAGUGGCGAGUCGAUCACCCAGAGUGUUAACAAUGGUAUUUGAAGGUCAAGAAAAAGAUGAUUUUUGGAAUGUGUUGGGUGGUAAAGAGGAGUACGCUUCAGAAAAACGACUUACGGCUGAUGAUUCGACACACCCACCUAGAUUAUAUCAAUUAUCUAAUGCUUCUGGUCGUUUUACUUGUGAAGAAAUACCAGAUUUUGUCCAGAGUGAUCUGAUUUGUGAAGAUGUUAUGUUAUUGGAUUGCUGGGAUAAUAUUUUUGUUUGGGUUGGUGAUGAUGCUAAUGCACAAGAGAAGAAAGAAGCUGAACGAGUUGCCCUGGAAUAUUUAAAAACGGAUCCAUCAGGUCGAGAUGAAGACACACCUAUUAUUAGAAUUAAACAAGGAAGAGAACCUCCUUCAUUUACUGGAUUUUUUGGUGUUUGGGACCGAGAAAUGUGGAGUAAAGGUAAAACGUUUGAAGAAAUGAAAGAAGAAUUAGGAUCACAAGAUAUAUCUGUAGAUAUUGUUAAAGAGAGUAUUGCUAAUGGAGCACCAGAUUUUGAUGAAGUACAGAAAUAUCCAUUAGAGAAAUUACAAGGAAAACCUGAAGAACUCCCUGAAGGUGUUGAUCCAUCUGCUAGAGAGAUUCAUUUAAAACAUGAAGAUUUUGAAAAAUAUUUUGGAAUGAAUUUCAAUGAUUUCAACUCAAAACCAAUCUGGAAGAAAACUCAGUUGAAGAAAGCUGUCAAACUGUUUUAAUUAAAUCGUUUUACCUUUCCAUUGUAUAAAAGAAGUUUUGCAUAUAUAUUCCAUUUAUAUAUUAUAUUGUAGAAAAAUAGAACGAUCUUGCUACUGUCUCAUAUUUAUAUCAUAAUUAUACACAGGCCUGGAAAUAUUAGUUCUUACGUAACUAUGGUAACAAGAUGCCUGGCACUAAAGAACUAGUGUCUGACAUUUUUGGGGAAGUAACUGGCUUCCAAGCACUACUUAUCUUGUUCUUGUUCUUCUUUGUUGUGGUAUGAUGCUUUUAAAAAAAAAAGCCUGAGACUCUGCCAAUUAAAGUACAAUCAACCUGAAACUUGGAAUGCUGGUGCCUUGGACAAGUUUUGAUACAAGGCCAUAAUUCCAAGAUGGCUGCCAUGACAUCAUUCUCAGUUCCUUGUCCAUAGUACACUCGUACUUGUUGGAUACAAAUAACUAACAACCUGUAGGCACUGAUGAACUAGUACCUGGCAUUUUUAGGUAAAAAUAUUAAUAAGAAAACUGCAAAUAGAUCUGAUAAUGUCUGUGACAGAUGCUUUAUUUCCAGGCUUGAUUAUACAAUAUGGACGCUGGCUGGAAUGUGUAGUUUUAUUUACAUUCAUAUUAGCUAUUCCUCAAUAUUGACGUUAUUUUAAUUAUGAGAGUUUAUUUUUUGCUUUUUAAAAAAAAAAAAAAAAAAUCAACAUUACCUUAAAAUCUCAAACUAAUACAUAAAUAAAUAUUGUUAUUUACGAUGAUAUGUCUUGUUUACAUGGUUGUCAUAGUUACUCAUUGAUAUUAACUAACGUUUAUUAUAAUUUUUAUUUAAGGGAACAAUAUUAGAUCUAUUUUUUAAUUGUUAAUUAUAUACAUGGCAUUGUUAUAUUUGUUCUGUUAAGACUUAGAUAAUCCCAUUGUUUAAUAUAAGGGUAAUUUAAAAAAAUAAAGUAUUCUUAUCAAUAAAAUAUCAAUUCUGAUCAAUAAAAUAUCAAUUCUGAUCAAUAAAAUAGCAAUUCUAAUCAAUAAAAUAUCAAUUCUAAUCAAUAAAAUAGCAAUUCUGAUCAAUAAUAUAUCAAUUCUGAGCAGUAAUAGAUAUGUAUUCUUUGAAAAAGACUAAUGCACCACCAAUUAAAGUACGUUCAACAUGAAACUUGCAAUGCUUGUUACUUAGAUAAUUGCGCAUCGAUUGACGUACUUCAAUUUUUGAUAGGACAUCACAAUUCCAAGAUGAUGGCAAUGAUGUUUAUAUUUUGACAUUAAUGAUGUUCUCCUCCGGCCAGAUUUUGAAUAACAAAAACAAUUUGUUUAAAUUAUAUAUUAAUAAUUUUAUUUGUUUUUGAAUAAAUAAAUACUGUCAGAUAGUGUAAGGAAUUUGAGAAUUGUAAAGUUUUCAUGGCAUUUGAAAAAUAUAUUUUCAUUAAUUUUAUAUAUGAAACAAAUUCAUAACGUAAUAAUUUAAAAUCCAAUUAAAGUCAAAAUCGUUGAUACUAAAUGAAAGAAUUGAAUAUGCAAUAAUGUGCAAUACAAUCCUUCACAUAGGAUAUAAAGAGGGGCUUAUUUUGAUCUUACAACUGGGAGCAACUGACUUCACGUUAACCUGGGUCAAAUAAAUAAGUAGCUGUUUUUCCAUAUGUGUUAUAGCUUAUGGCUCUAUCCAAUUGCCUCUAGAAGAUAAUAGUUGAAAGCAGUUAAUCUCAGUUGAAAGUUAACACAAGCUCCACUUAGGUCUCCUGAAAAGAUGAUGAAAUUAUAAAGUUUAAGCAUUUGUUAAUGUUGAUAAUAUUGUUAGACUAUAUAGGUAUUCCAGUUUAUCAUAAUUUUUAUAUACAUUCCAGUCUACAUUUAGUAUCACAAUAUAUUUUAUGUAUUUUUGUCUUCCAUUCAAACUUGCUAUAAACCACUCUAGGCAAUUUUCUAACCUGCUGUCAUUAAAGAAUCUAGACAGAUUUCCAAUUAUCGUGAUAUUGAUAAAAAUUUCAUAAAUAGAUAUGUUGAAAAUCCUGUUGUUUCCAUAUGCUGUGAAUUUGGAGAUAUUUGUCGGCAGGUAAUUCUUGCUUUUUAGGCAUGGGCCAAAAGGUGGGGUUUGCAGGCUUACGCUUUUUGAAGGACAGGUGUGUGGUGAUCAUAUUGUCGUCCAAUCACCGAAUCUCCCUUAUAGUGACACGUCUAUUAACGCACAAUCCCAGAAUCGCUAGACAGUAUUCCCUAAGAGUUACUUAUGAUUAAGCUGGCUAGGACCUGUUCACAUGAAAACCAUAUCACUGAUAAAAAAUCCUUAAUAUGCUAUAAAUAAAAUUUUGGUAUAAAAUUGUCUUGAUUUAAAAAUGUCCUGAAAUAAUCUAAAAAUUGAUAAGCACAUUUAUUGGUCAUUACUUAUAUCGAAACAUGAAAUCACUCCAAAAGAACCUUGUUGUGUGGUCCGCUUAUAAACCUUGUUGUAUGAUCCGCAUAUAAGCAUGACAGUUUGUCGCAUAAAAUAAGUCAUUUAUAGUAUUUAAGGAUAAAAUAAAAUCUUGGUUAACCCCAACUUUAUAGCAUACUAUAUAAACUGUCAUUUAUACAUGUAGUAUUUAAUAAGGCCAAACAAAAAUUACCUAUGUUUAUGGUUAUUGAAUUUUAGCUGAAAUUGCUGACUUUUUUGGUUAUUUCCUAUACCAUAUAACUCAGUUUUGCUGUAGACACAUUCCAACACUGAAACCUCAGUAUUUUGUUUUCAAGAACCUUACUCGGUAAUUAAGCUAGAAAUGCUAGGAAAUAGAUAAUAC